AUGGAGCAAACAAUCAACGAUGAGGGUGACGGAGGAAAUGAGGAGGAUGUUUUUCAGACAGACCCCGUUGUGGAAGAAUACGUGGAUAGGUCAUUCGAACGAUUCGAACAUGUCGAGUAUUUGACCUGGGAGGACAACAAUGAUAUCGCUGAAUAUCCUAUGGAUGAGACGGAAGCGGCGAAUCUCGAACAAGAUUUUCUGGAUGAUGGUGCAUUUAAUGAUGAGGCUCUACUGCACGAUGAAAACCAUCAACAAGCCGCAAACGAUCCCGAGACAGAUGAUGACAAUCAUGAUACCGACAAAGUUUUUUAUUUCGCUGGUGUGUUCUGUCGAAAGCUAUACUGCUCUCAGCUACGUCCACGGGAAUUCGAAAAACGGAAUGUAAGUGGAAAUACUUUGGCGGAUGUUUUGAAGUCGAUUUGGAAAGUGGCCAAGACGCAAGUGCACCGUGCGGUCAUCUUCACCAAUGAGGUUCCUCGAUGGGCAAAUGACGAUCCAAAUGUGGAUAACAUUCAGCAGUUUGUAACGCUGCAGGAUACGAAAAAGAAGAAACUCUACCAUGUGUCAUCACUCACUCCCAGGCUGCUUCGGAAUUGGCGAGAUAAGACUGUAAGAAUUUUUGUGUAUGUCUAUUCGUCGACCGUUGAAAAUAAUGCACAGUAUCAGCUAGUUCAAAGAAAACUGAUUGUGCCACAAAACCCAGACCGAUCUGGCGCUAAUAGCGCUUUUGAAGAACUAACAUUGGCAAACGAGCUUCGCGACAAGCAUCCAGAUAUCGAGGGGCAUCACAGCUCAUGGUUGCUGUGGGCAAAUUUUAUUAAUUCAUCGCCAGUACAUGAACGAGAUCAGCUGAAAGCAUCUAAGGCACCGCCGCUAGAGUUGGCCAAAUAUUUUCGUUGGACAGCUGUGUCGGAAGCGGCUAGGUUACAGUCAGUGCAUCGAGGAGUUGUCGUAGCUCAAACAGUUAAUGAGGGAUGGUCAAGAGAUAUCAGCACCAUCAAGAAAGAUCUUGAUCUUGCUAUUACUGUGCUCCAGGGGCAAUGUCAUCUGUAACUCAGCCCGAGGAAACUGAGAUUAGUCGACAACUUUCAGCGAAGAUUGUGGAUUGUACGGAUGUGGAUCAUCAAUAAAAAGGCAGAAAUGAAAUAAUGCUCUGUAUUUG